CCGAAUAACCUUUUCCCCUCUCCGGCACCCCGCACUGUGCUCGUUUCCUAUUGGUCGAUAACGUUCUGCGUCUAUACGGCACACCGUACGAGAGAGCGCGAUGUGCUUAAAAUAAAAAUCGCUCGAAUGUUUCAUCGCAUAUUCUCUUGCGCUUCCGUGCGGUGCGCACGUGUAUAUAUAUACAUAUAUACUGUUGUUUAUUAUCAGAACUGUGAAUUUUUAUAAUCAUCGUCAUCAUCAUGCCGCCCAAGACUAGCGGAAAGGCCGCCAAGAAAUCGGGCAAAGCUCAGAAGAAUAUCUCCAAAUCGGAUAAGAAGAAGAAGAAGCAUAAGAGGAAGGAGAGCUACGCCAUCUACAUUUACAAAGUACUGAAACAGGUUCAUCCCGACACCGGUAUCUCGAGUAAGGCCAUGUCGAUCAUGAACUCGUUCGUGAACGACAUCUUCGAGCGCAGCGCCGCCGAGGCUUCUCGUCUCGCUCACUACAACAAGCGAUCGACGAUCACAUCGAGGGAGGUACAGACGUCGGUGAGGCUGCUUCUACCGGGCGAGCUCGCCAAGCACGCCGUGAGCGAAGGCACUAAGGCCGUAACGAAGUACACGAGCUCUAAGUAAACGAAGUAGUCGCCACUUUCGACGGUUCGACGGACGACGAAGUUCGCGCGCGCGUUUGUGUGUGUGUGUUUGUGUGUGUGUGUGUCCAUCGCUUCACAUCAUAGUAGAUCGACAAGAUGGCUCAUAUUAUACGCCGCCUCCUCCUCCUCCUCCUCCUCCUCCGCCGCCGCCGUCGUUUCGAUCGUCGUUUUCGAUGUGCAUUCGCAUGACGAUUACGCUACGAUUUAUUGAGAAAAAAAGGCCCUUUUCAGGGCCACAAA